AUGAAUGACUCGUCGAGUGGCUCGGACAUCGACCUGGAUCCUCGCGAAGAUUUGCGCCUCUCCGAGGAAGCUCGGGGACGAUGGCAGGGCGGGAGUCGUGUGGAGCUCCCCCGUUUCUCCGGCUCGUGUCUGGGAGACGACGUAUCUUGGAAACUGAGCGGCACGCUGAGAGUAGUUGGUCUACAGACAGCGGGAACAGGACGAGAUAGAUAUGUGUGGGGGCGAUGGUGGGCUGAAUUCCUCAUAAUGCUGGGUGCUGACGUGGGCGUCCUCACCGAGACCCGCAUCGCCAACGAGUCGGGGCACGCUGCUGCCUGCCGCGGACUGCGUGACGGCGGUUUUGCCGCGGUCAGUCACAACUGCUUGACUCCCCCCCGUGGCGCGUCCUCUGAGGUAGCCGCUGCAAAUGAUCCUCGCUCGGGAGGAGUUGUCCUCGCCAUUCGGACGACACACACGAGCGGGUGGACGGAUGUGGCGGCAGACUCACAUGGACGUGGGUUGGCUGCAUCUGCGCUGCUCGCGAAUGGGGCGUCGCUACGCCUCCUGGGCUUGUAUGGAGUGACGGGAUCUUGCCUCCCAGGGUUCCAGCUUCGGGAGGAGGCGAAGCAUCAAGAGGCGCAACUGAACCUGUUCGUCCGAUCACAGUGCCGCGAGCAGGCACCCUCAUCCAUACAUUGCUGGACUGCGGCAUGGUCGAUCUCUUUCGCCAACGUCACCCUAGACUCCGCGCAUUCACCUUCUUCCCGCGCACAGAUCCACAUUGUUGAGCUCUUCCAUCACAUCAUCAACUCCGAGACAAACGCCGCCAGCGAGAUCGGCAAGGAGUUCUUCAUCGAGCUCAUACCCACCAAUGAACGGCAAUUCUGUGUAUUCUUCGUCAAGGAGAAGUCGCCCCUUGAUGGGUCGCUCCUGGCCAAGUCCCUUGCUUAUGUCCUCGACAAGGCGGCAGAACUGGUCAUGGCACGUGACAUUUUCCUCCAAGGCGUCACUGCAACUUUGAGCGGCGCAACACGGACCAUCAGUGUUUCGGUUGCUUCUGCUCUGGUCAUGAUGAUUUGGAAGGCGUUGACCAGUGUCACGGAUCGGGUCAACCAGACUCUGCAUUUUUUUGUGCAGCUGGCGCGUGCUGUCACCGGCGUGGAUGUCCAGCUGACCGUUAUGGACGACGCAGGUGAAUGGCGAAGGUGUCGUCAGAACUAUCGAGCCCUGGCCCGUGAUUCUUCCAUCGACUUUCUGUUGGGACCCAGCUUUUCGGUCUGGGAGGCGGCAGUCAAGAGAAUUGUCCACGACGAAAGCAAGCUCAUGAUUUCCUGGGUCGGGAACUAUCCUUUCUACCUCACUGACUUCAGGACGCAGCUGUGUCCGUACUGCAACGAAGACUGGCGAACGCAGAUCGAUUGGGUAGAUGAGAUGAUCGAAUUCCAGGACACCGCGUUUCAGACCACCCUGAUAGCCACGGCGCGGCCGACAGGAGGGCGACUGGAUUCGUCUGAAUGGGUGAUCCCGACGCAGCCGGAUCUGCAGAACUUGUUGAGGCCAGCCUUGGUUGGCGCCCAGAAUGCUGUCAUGAAACAGCUCACCAGCGCUCGGAACGUGACCUGGGGCUUCACCUACUUUCCCAACGCCACGCGUGGAGAAGUGUCCGAGGCGGAGUGCAGAUUCUUCGAGGAGAUUGUCACGGGCUUUGAUCAGGCGACGACCGUCCUUCUCCCCAUAACAACUUACAUCACGGACUCCUUCCAAACGCGACGAGAAUUCGACAUUUUGGUCUUCUGUGGCAGCACCAACGCGUUCGGCCAGGCAAUGGUAAAAGCUCAGGCGCUGAAUUGGCGCUUUGAGGCAUUGCUCAUGUCGUUCGCAUCAGGCACGAGGUCGCUGUUUCGCUAUGGUGCGGGCUUUGUCAACUACAUGGCUGAGCCGCUAGCAGUCCCUGCGGUCUUACCGAAUGCCACAGAUGCCAUUCUCGAGAGUUUUGACGCCCUCGCCCUGGCCGUCGGCUUCGAGCCCGACAUGGCCAGCUUGCAGGCAGCCUCAGCCGCGUCUUUGCUGGUGCAGGCCGUGCAAGCUUCACCCAGCCUGAGCAGCGCGGACGUGCGCGACACAAUCAGGAACACAACCUUCCAGACGCUCUUCGGACCCUUCGGGUACGAUAGCAGCGGGAACCGGCUCCUGCAGCCUUUUGCUUUCAGGCAGUUCCUUCCUUCGAAUAUCAUCCCGCUCCAGGAAGCAGGUGUGCAGCUGAAAAGGGGCGAGAUGAACUCCAACAUAGUUCUAGUGUCGCCUGAGAUUCUGGAAGUGUGCCGAGGUGACAACAGUUCUGUGCUCUGCCGGGACAUCGUCCUAGAACACAUGGAGUUUCCAAUGCCUGCCGCUGCGGCACGCUACCGGCAGGCCUACAUGUGCCCAGAUGGGACCAGCCUGGAGGGCACCAACUGUGUGGCUUGCGCUCGCGGCUUCUACCGGGCUGGGGAGAUGGUUUCUUGCGAGCCAUGCCCCGCGGGAACGUUCUCAGAUUUCCCGGGAGCUGGUGUGUGCCGAGAAUGCCCAAAUGUGGCAAUGACCUGCCAACCAGAUGCCAAGCCCGUGAUCAUGUCAGGGUUCUUCGUUUUCGAAGGUGAGUUCGCCUGGCUGAGCACGACGGGCUUUGAACCCAUCAAGCUCAUGGACUUUGCCUUCCUCAUGUCGGGCUACUACUCGCUGGAAGAUCCCGCGAAUCUCACAAAGUACACUUUGGAAGUGCCUGUGACCAGAGGUCUGAGUGAGUGCGCACAGCUCUGCUCUGCGGCCGAUGACGAGGAAUGCGUCGGCCUGCUCUUCAUCAUCGAGCGAGCGCGCUGCGUCUUCUACCGGGAGGGGGCGCAGUACUUCCCAUGGGUGGCAGACAACAGGACCCUCCUCUACCUCCGAGAGGUUUCGCCCUUUGCGGCGUUAGUCGCCCUUCGUGGCGUUAGUCCGAACCAUGGCUUCGACUCCGCUGGCUCCGACGUCAUGCAGUUUCGGAGGACUGAUGGAUUGCACUUGAUUUGCAGUGGCAUGCAGCUUCAGCCGUAG